AAAACACUCUAUUACAAAGUAAUUUAAACGAAAGUAUUCAACAAUUUUUCGUAUGAAACUAAAUGCCUACAAACAUUGCAGCACUUUUGGAGAUGACAAGCACAUACACAUAUACCACAGACGGCAAUGGUUUGUCGUAUCUGCCUUAUGACGUAUACAAUUGUGUUUCAUCUCCUACAGACAACUUUUGUAUUGAUGCUGGUUUAUUAGACUACGAUCAACCAGUUGUUCAGAGAACACCAAUUGAUAACUGGGUUAUAACAAACAUUAACCCAAACUCGUACAACAACGGAAUUAACUUUAGUGUUUUGACAUAUCCGUACUUACAUGAUUAUGGCGAGCCAGGUUUCAUUCGCAAAAGAAAUGAACGAGAAAGAAUGAGAGUUCGGAAUGUUAAUGAAGGUUAUGCUCGUCUUAGAGACCAUUUGCCCCUUGAACCAAACGAAAAAAGACUUUCAAAAGUUGAGACACUCCGAGGAGCCAUUAACUACAUUAAGCUUCUUCAAGAUAUUUUAGAAAAAUCUUCAAAAGUUGAUAAAAAAACAAACUUAUACGAAAAGAAACUGAAUGAAGAAACAAAUGACAUUGACGUAGAAAAUUAACUUUCUUUAAAAAGAAAAAUUUUUAUAAAUAUUUUGUAUAACUUGAACGAAAUUUUGAAUUUCGAAUUUUGUAAACAUAAAAAAAAAUUAAAAUAAAAUCAAACUAGA